GCGCAGCUGUAGUAAUUGACGCGAAACCCGAAGCGCUCCCCGGGAGGGUGGGAGGGACCAUUUUUGUUUGCUAUGGAAACGGAUUGAAGCGAGAGCACUAAUAAGAUUACCAAUCUUUUAACAGCUGCACAGUUGAGUGAAGAUCAACAGGACCGAGCCUAAACGCCCCGUUUAGAGCAGCAUAUUAUUUAAAACAACCCAGCAAACAUAUACAUGUAGGGGUGUGUUUCUGAGGUGGAAUUGGCUACUAAGCAACUAGGCAACAUUCUCAGUAAAUGGUUUGGUGAAUCUUGAUAAAGUCUGAGAAGAGAGAAUGAGAUCAACGAACUUUUGCCUUAGCACUGAAGGAGCGGAUGUUAUUCUAGCAACAUCAAGUGAUGAAAAAUAUCCUCCAGAAAAUAUCAUUGAUGGACAAUCUGAAACAUUUUGGACAACAACUGGGAUGUUUCCACAGGAAUUUGUUAUUUGUUUUCAUAAAUGUGUAAUUAUAAGUAAACUCACAAUCCAGUGUUAUUUAGUGCAGACAUUACGUAUUGAAAAAAGCAUGUCUAAAGAUCCAGUAGAUUUUGAACACUGCAUUGAAAAAGACUUGGAAUAUAAAGAAGGGGAGCUUCAAACAGAAGAAUUUUCUUUUCCUGAGUUCCAGGCUACGCACCUGAGAUUCAUCAUUUUAUCCGCCUUUGAUACUUUUGUGUCAGUUCAUAGGGUAAUAGCAGAAGGAAUAGCACAAGAUAUUUAAAACCAAGGUUGAAGAACUGUAAUCAGAAAAAUAGUAAUAAUAUGGUAUUGAUAUAUGCAUUCCAUUAAAGAAUGUUUUGCAAAAUGAGUAUUUUAUAUGAUUUUGCUGU